AUGAAGAUAGUGGCAUGGAAUUGUAGGGGUCUCAAUGAUCCAUACUCCCUUACGGUUCCCUACCUAGUAUGGAUCUAUCGAUUGAAGUUACCUAUGUUUUUGUUCAUUUCGGAAACUAAAAUGAAGUUUGCUUGUGCGGCGGCUAGAUUAAGUACUAUUAACACUACUUCCGCUUUUGGUUGGGACUCGGAUCGAAGUAGUGGGGGCCUUCUAGUUUUAGGUUGGUCUAAUGAUGAAAUCGAAUGCUUGUAUUCCUCAAAAAAAUUUAUCCUCUGUAAAAUGAUCGAUAUGAAUGGAAGUUUGAAGUAUGUACUUUUCUUUUAUGGUGAGCCUCAAGUAGAAAAUAGGAAAAUUAUUUGGGAACAACUCCAGUGGUUUUUAGAAGAGUUCAAAAUCGUUCUAGUAAUAGGAGAUUUUAAUCAAGUAGAAAGUGGGAGUGAAAAACUAGGGGGAUUGACCCAAAUAAGAGGAAUCGAUGCCUUCCUAGAUUGGAGGUUUGGUAGCAAUGUGACGGAAGUUCCUUUCUCGGGGCCAAGAUUCACUUGGAGCAAUAAAAGGGAAGGUAAUGAUCUUAUCCUAGAAAGGCUGGAUCGUGCCUACAUCACAGAGGAAUGGUUUGCUCAUUCUCCCGAUGGAAGGAUCUUUCAUGAACCAAUUGUUUGUUCCGAUCACGCAGUCAUGACUUACCAUGAUCAGCCUAGAUCUACCUCUUCUAAUAGGCCUUAUCAAAUUGAGAACUGGUGCCUCAACUUUCCGAAAGUCAAAGAAAUUGUAAAAAAUUCUUGGAAGGAGGAUUGUCAGGGUUCGUACAUGUUCCAGCUAAUUAGAAAGUUGGGUAAGCUUAGGUCAAAACUCCAAUACUGGUGCUUGGAAAAUAAGAAGGUUUGGGGGAUCAACUGGAAAAAGAUCACUAAGGAUCUUCAAAGCACGGGGAUGAAUAUUAGUUUGAUUAAGGAAGGAGAGGGGUAUGUCAAGCGUAUUCACCUUCUUAUACCUGAGGGUCAAUUGUGUUUUAGGUUUUGGAAACAAAGAAUGAAAGCAAACUGGGUCAAGUUCGGGGACUGCCCAACGCCUACCAUGUACAGGAAAGUAAAACAACAACAAUCUCAAAAGGAAAUCUUGACUUUAAGGAAUGGAAAUGAUACAUGGGUUGAGGGGCAAAGGGAGGUUGAAGAGGUAAUCUUGACCUCAAUCAAGGAGGUCUAUAACCCGGUUAUGCCUGAUAAUCAUGGGGAAGAUAUUGACCUUCUGCUUCGACAACUUGAUAUUCCCCUCAUCCGGGAUGAGGAUUGGCUUUGGCUAGACAGGGAUUUUUCUGACAGUGAAAUUAAAAAGGCAAUGCUCAAUCUGCAUUGCUCCAAGUCUCCAGGCCCAGACGGGUUUACGGUGGAUUUUUUCAAAUCCUACUGGCAUGAAGUAGGGCAACUGGUGAUUGAUAGUGUAAAACAAUUUCUGAGAACAGGUAACAUGCUCAAAGAAUGGAACCAGUCACUGCUAGUAUUGAUUCCAAAGGUUAAGGUUCCAGAGCUUGCGAGUCAGUUUAGACCGAUCAGUUUGUGCAACACAGCCUACAAGUGCAUCUCUAAAUGCUUGGUUAAUAGGCUUAAACCAAUCCUCCCUAGCCUUAUCACAGAAAACCAGCAUGCCUUCAUCCCAGGAAGGUAUAUGGAGGAUAAUAUCCUUCUGAGUCAUGAACUCAUGCACCUUAUAAACUCGAGGAGGGGCUCCAAUUUCACAGCAAUUAAGAUUGAUAUGUCAAAAGCUUAUGAUAGAGUGGAUUGGCUCUUUCUUCUGAAAGUGCUACAAGCAUUUGGGUUUUCGAACCACUAG